AGAAAGGGAGGGUGAAAGAGAUUAGAGAGGGAAGGUGAAGGAGAGAGGGAAAUGUUUUAGUAAUGUUUAAUGUUUAGUAAUGUUUAUAUCAUAUAUAUGCUAGUUAAUUGUUGUAUUGUUAUAAAUUGCUUUGGCAAUACCAAUAAAGCACAUCUGAAUUUGAGAGAGAGAGAGAGAGAGAGAGAGAGAGAGAGAGAGAGAGAGAGAGAGAGAGAAAGAGAGAGAGAGAGAGAGAGAGAGAGAGAGAGAGAGAGAGAGAGAGAGAGAGAGAGAGAGAGAGAGAGAGAUGGGAGUAAAUAAUGCCUUCAUGAUGUCUUAAUUAUUAUUAUUAAUUUGUACAUGGGUGCUUGUCUAUGUAAAAAUGCCUUGUCUUACAAGAAGAAAACGUUUCCUAAAAUAACUACUGUGGUAAUGUCUUCUGGUUUAAGAUUAUCACUUCAUCAAAUGUUGCCAGAAGAGUAGUGUGUGUUUCUUCGUUUGCCUCAUUUGUACUUGAGACUAAUUAUUACAAAAGGGCGGAGUGAGACAGCUGCUCAUUAAUUAAUUUCUAAUUAAAAGUCUUCUCCAUCCCUCAGUGACUCAGGGAAAAAAAAUCAUUGUUUGGCUUAAUUAUUCUAGGCAUUUUUGUACAUCUCAGUAAUAUGUAGGAUUUCUUGAGAGAUUAAAUUAGUUAAUUUAAUUAUAAGAUUUAGAAAACCUGAAAAUGAUCGAUUUUCUAUUCCCCCCAAGUUGUUCUAUUUUGAUCCCCUGGAAAUGCAUAUUAAAGUUACAGUCUGGUCAUUUUUAGUGAGAUUCAUCUGACGUCAGAGUCACUGGUGUUUAAAACAACGUGCAUCUGGGCUGACUUGUUUUAUAGUACUUUUUAAAAUGCUAAAUAUGUAAUUCUGACAUCAAAGUGAUUAAUCUGGGUGAAACGAGUGUAUAUUGCUUCUAAUGAGAAUACAUUUUAUAAAACAGUUUAGGAUUUACCAAAGCUAGUUCAUGUGUUUUUUUUGAUUUUUUUUAAUCACUGGAGGAGCAUUUUAAGAAAUUAAAUAUUAUAUUCUGCUUCGUCCUAUAAGCAUCUCGGAGCCUGUGCUUUCCAAUCAAUUGGUACAGUGAAACACAGCAAGGCAGCAUAGCGUGGAGACCAGGCGUCUCUCUUUAUUUCUGAAUACUGGGACCUCUCUACAAUGUCAUACCCACAAUUUGGAUACCCGUACUCAUCUGCACCCCAGUUCCUGAUGACCACCAAUUCUUUGACAACUUGCUGCGAAUCUAGCGGCAGAACUCUGGCUGAAUCUGGAGCGGCAGCCUCUCCUCAAACGCCAGUUUAUUGUCCUGUGUAUGAGAGCAGACUUCUGGCCACAGCCAGACACGAGCUUAACUCUGCGGCGGCUCUUGGAGUCUAUGGGAACCCCUACACGAGCAGUCAGGGUUAUGGGAACUAUGUUACUUAUGGCACGGAUGCCUCGACUUUCUACUCCUUGAGUGCAUUCGACUCAAAGGAUGGGAGCGGAUCUGCGCAUGCGGGGAUCACCCAGGCUGCAGCCUAUUAUCCUUAUGAUGCUACUUUGGGCCAGUAUCAGUAUGACAGAUAUGGCACAAUGGAUGGGGGGACAAGAAGAAAAAAUGCCACUCGUGAAACAACCAGUACCUUGAAAGCUUGGCUCCAGGAGCACAGAAAAAACCCAUACCCCACCAAAGGAGAAAAGAUCAUGCUGGCCAUCAUCACCAAGAUGACCCUGACCCAGGUCUCCACCUGGUUUGCCAAUGCCAGGAGGAGACUUAAAAAGGAAAAUAAAAUGACCUGGCCCCCACGAAACAAGUGCUCUGACGAGAAGAGAUACGAUGAUGAAGAAGGAGAUGAAUCUCAAGAGGAAAACAUCAAGAGCAAAAAGACUGAUGAUGAUAACAGAAGCAGAGAUGACAAGGAGUUGCAGCUGAGUGACCUAGACGACUUUGAAGCGAUUGAGUCAGAGAGUUCUGAGUGCGAGCUGAAACACCAGUUUCACAUUGGCAGUACCCAUAUGAGAACCACCGACUGCCCGAGUGAUCACUUCAAAGAAGCCUCCUUAAAGAUUUUAAUUCCGUCAUCCCUCGAAGGGGAUCAGGAACUGGACAAAAACUGUCUUAAGACGGUGUCUGAAGAUUGCGAACGUGAUCUGAUAACUGGGAGGCAGACAAAAACGUGUUUUCAACAGAGCCAGCAAAUGCUGGAGAGCAAGCCACGAAUCUGGUCGCUGGCACAAACCGCGACUUCUUUGAAUCAAACUGAGUACCCUUCCUGCAUGUUGAAGUGUCAACAGGUGAUCCCUUCAUCUCCAGCUGUUUCCUCCCCUGUUAAUGCAAUUGACAGACAGCAGGAUUCACCAGUGACCACUCUCAGAAACUGGGUGGAUGGUGUUUUCCAUGAUCCAUUGUUUAGGCACAACACUUUGAACCAAGCAUUGACCAAUACCACAGUUUCAUGGGCAGCUUCCAAAGGCACUACAUUGGAGACAGGGACACUGGAACAUUCCAUUGCAAAUGCUACCAAUGUGAUCAAAGGACACAUUCCUAGUUUACAACACCAAGAAUCAAAUAAAGACAAUUUGGUGUUUACUAAGUCGGGAAGUAAAAUGUUUUGCUCAUAACAAGCCAAAAGCUCCUGUUGACUUCUGCAAAGGUUACUCUGGGAUGUACUCUUGAGAAAAUGAAAAUAAAAAUAAAAACAUUUAUGAAUAUCACACUUUUCCUUCAGGAUGUUGGAUCACAUUUAUAUUUGUUUAGUCAAGAGACACGUAUGCAUUGUUAUAUUGACAGCAUUUUCCUAGUGAACCCCCCACCCCACCCCACCCCACCCCACC